CGGCGGAAGCGGCGGCCAUGCUGCGCGGCCCGGCCCUGCUGCUGCCGCUGCGGCUGCGGCGGGCGGCCCCGGCAGGCCCCGGGCACGGCCGGCACUGCCACCGGCAGCAGGAGCAGGAACAAAGCUCGGGCUCGGGCUCCGGCUCAGACUCGGGCUCCGGCUCAGCGCGGCCGCAGCCCCUGGAGCCAUCCUUGCUGCGCUUCCUGGUGUGCCCGCUCUCCAAGCGGCCGCUGAGGUACGAAGAAGCUACGAACGAGCUCAUUAACGAGGAGCUGGGUAUCGCGUACCCUGUCAUCGACGGCAUCCCGAACAUGGUUCCGGAGGCUGCCAGGAGGACGCACAAGAAGCCGCCGGCCGAGGGCUCGGAGCAGCCGUGA